GCACUUAGAUUCUCUAAGUGUAAAAAACCAAAAGAGGGAGAAUACCCUUCCAGUUAAAUUAGGUUUCUAAAAUAAUCAUAUUGAGAAAGAUGUUGGUAAUUAAACUAUAACUUAAACAUUCAUAGUCCUUGAUUAAAGUACUCUCUGCAAACAUAUACUGCUACCACAAAUAUGAUGGAUUCAAAUCAGUCUUCUGAAUGUUGUAUUUUAGGAUGAUGCCAUUUAAGGUUCUCUUCAACUUGGAUUCAUAAACCUGCAAAAUAGUAUAAGUAUCCUAGUAAGAAUGUAGAGCAUCACCCAGAUUUCUUUGAGGAGGAGGGGAACAUUUUUUGGAAAUGAUGAAUAAUUGCUAGUGUAACAGUAGCUGAUAACCUACAUUGACUAUCUGGUCUAUCACGUGGUUUAAAUCUUAUCUCUUUCAACCCAGGCAAUUGAUCAGUUGAGUUCUGAAAUUCCCUUAUCUUACACUUGUCUCCUCAGGAGGAACAGGAAGGGGGAGGAGGGUCGCUUAAGGAUCUCGUCAGGAUGAUGGUAGCAUUGAUAUGUCUGGUCUCAAAAGGAAUGGAAACGUCUCCCAAGCACUUGUUCGCCGCUCAUCCAUGGAAGAAGGUGUCAGCGUGUCUUUACAGAAGGAACCAUCAGAGGGAGCCAGCAACCAGGUGGUGGUAACAAGUGAGCAGAACUCGGAGCCACCCGCCUCGCUGCUGCCUCGGCAUCCCUCAGGGGAUCACAGGCUUUACCAGGACUUACUGGGCCAAGUAAACCACCUCUUAAAGUCCUCAGAAGAGCAAGAUCACUUGCCUGUAAAAUCUGUAUUUGUUAAUGAUGAUGGUCCUAAGUAUCAGGAUAUUGAUGGUACAACAGAAGUGGCUUCAGAGACUGACACAAGAGUGGUGGAUAAAGAGAGUGUCAUUAGUGCUACACUCAAACAGCUGAAGAGUCUUGGAGUGACACUGGACUCGCCUGACAAUAUGAAGAAAAAUACACACAAAGUGGAGAAUGCCAGCAUCUUGGCGUGCAUAAAUCCUGAAGCAGUGGUGCCUGGAUUAAAUUAUAUGUCACUUGCCAAUGUCAGCAUGUGUGGCUUAACUCCUAAUGUUGUUGAUCUGAGCAUGGAAGCAAACGCUAUAGCACUCAAGUAUCUCAGUGAAAACCAGUUAUCUCGACUGUCUCUCAGUCGCUCAGGCCAAAAUCCUCCUGCAGAUUUCUCUUUCCAAGACAUCUUGCAUUCAAAUGCAGACAGGAGCAUGGUAGGUCUUAGCUUAAUUUCACCAAACAAUAUGUCCUUUGCAACCAAGAAGUACAUGAAGCGAUAUGGGCUGAUACAGGGCAGUGACAGCAGUGAAGACGAAGAGGAACUGCAGGUUCCAGAUGGCAAUUCUGGCACUGUCAAAAGAGAAAGCAUGCCAGGCAAAAACUGUGCUGCUGUGUUGGACAGCUUCAGCCACUGGACUGAAUUAUCCAAAAGAAUUGAUGGAAGACUUCCCCUUCACCUAAAAGGUCACAGCAGAGAGUUGACUUCUCCACCAGAAUUAAACAACCCUGUAUUAAGAAAUAUUGCAAAUGAAAUUUUUCCUCCCAGAGCAGCUCAAGCAGAUGAGAACUCAGUUCAGUUCUUAAAGGAUUUAAAGUCAAAAACCAAAUUGCUACCUGGGAGGAUUGAAUUCACUGAACAACCUGGUAGGAAAGACGGAGAUACUCAGGUGUUCCCUGGAAAUCUACGUACUCCAACCCUCGAAACGUUAAACCAGUCAAACAGCAUAAAUUCUGUUGGCACCAUUCUUGAUGUGAAACAGCUGAGGCAGUUGCCAAAGUUGUUCUGACCGUCCCCCGAGAUGGCUGGCAACCACUGUUACAAAUCAGAGGGACCUCUCUGUAAAAGAUUAUAGGAAACCACGGAUUAAGCUGUCUUUGAAGAGGUCCUUCUGCUGCAGCAGUGUAAAACUUCGCAGAGCUGAGUUUUCAGCCCAGGUCAGGGACAGCCACCUCUAAGUGCCUGGCUGAGGCAGUGCAGGUCAGCACUGACACAUGUGCACUUUUGUUUACAGUUAGGUGUGAUUUUAAAGCAUAUGAAAGUUGAAUCAACCUGAGCCCAAGAUAUACUCUUAAUAUAAUUUUAACAGUGAUUACUUAAAUGUUUUUCUGUUGACUUUUUAAAAACACUGAUUUUUACAUGUUUGUGCCAACUGUGAGCCACUGAUACCAUGUAUGGCAGAGCAGGGCAGAGCUAAAGCACUAAUUUCUAGAAAUUUGAUGAAAUGGUUGGAUUACUGUGUGGGGGUUGUG